UUGAAUGUUAGUUUAUAUUACUCAAGUUAUGUUAAACCCAUUGAUUUACAAUGCAGAGAUCAAAUAUGUUGAGAAUGUUUUCACAGAAAUAUAAUAUGCGCUGUUAUUUUUAUGUUUUUAUACACCUGUAUCGAAAGAAACAAUAUUUGAAACCAAAUUUAAUGCCCUUUUUUACAUAUCUAUCUUUUUAACGAAUUCUCAAGUCUCGAGUAAUAUGAAAAUACAAACGUCAAAAGUAACCAAAAAGGUUGAAGAGAUGGAAGAUUUAGAGGAUAUAAAUAUGAACGAAGUUACAGAUUCUGAAGAAGAAUUAUCAGAAACUGAACAGAAAUUACUUCAAAAAGUACGAGCCAGGCAUUCUUCUGAAAGUUACGAUAGCGAAUAUGAGAUUUAUGGGUUACGUGACAAGGAUCAAGAUGAUAUCGAGGAUGAAACGGAAGCUGACUCCAUGGAGUCCGAUAUUGAAGGAUUGCAAGGAGAUUUAGAUUUACCGAAUGAAAAAGCUUGGGGCAAAAACAAGAGAGCUUAUUAUUCUACGGAUUAUGUAGAUCCUGAUUAUUCUACUGUCAGCCAAAAAGAUUUAGCAGAAGCAGAAAUAGAAGAAGAAGAAGCUAAAAGUAUUCAAAAAAGGUUGGCAGAGCAACUAGAUGAUGUUGAUUUUGGAUUAGAUUUCAUAGAACCACAAGAAGAUAAUAAAGAAAAGAUUUAUGAAAAAACAGAACAGUUUGUAAAGACCGAUCUGAGUAAGCUUAGUAAAAGGCAGAAACAAGCAUUAAUGCAAAGAGAAAAUCCUGAAUUUAUGGCACUUGUAAAUGAUUUUAAAGAUCGUAUGAUAGAAGCAAGAGACGUGUUGGCACCAUUUUUGAAGUUAGUUAAAAACGGUAUAAUACCAAACUGUCCCGCAAUCGCUUUUGUAAAAACCAAGUAUCAUCUUUUAUUGAACUACUGUAUCAAUAUUUCGUUUUAUUUGAUGCUCAAGGCCAAAAGGUCGCCUGUAAAUUCUCAUCCAGUUAUAAAACGUUUGGCACAGUAUCGUCAGUUAUUAAAUCAAUUGGAAUCAGGACAAGGUAACUUAAUACAAGAGAUACAAGAAUUAUUAAAAGCGAAGAGGCAAGGUAAACCGUUAUACAACAUACUUGAUGGGAGCAAUGUAAACAGUAAUGGGAAAAAGAUAACUAGUUCCUUGAAAGAGAAAUUGAAUCAUCUAAGAAAACCUGCAAGAGAAGCUAUAAAUAAUCAAUCGACCAAACCUGAAAGUGUGUCCGAAGCUGAAUCUAACAUAGAAGACAAUGAAUUUUCGGUCGAGGAGGAUCUGAAAAACGAUAUAUCCAUAGACAAAGAUCAGGAAGAAGGAGAUAUUAAUACAGGAGAUUCUAUAACCGAAAGUAGCGAGAAAAGAGCAAUUACUUACCAAAUAGCAAAGAACAAAGGUUUAACACCGCAUCGUAAAAAAGAACAACGUAAUCCCAGGGUCAAACAUAGGAAUAAAUAUCGUAAAGCUAAAAUUCGUAGGAAGGGAGCGAUAAGAGAAGUGAGAAAAGAAAUCACUCGCUACACCGGAGAAAUAUCCGGCAUUAAAGCCAGUGUAAAGAAAAGUAUUAAAUUAAAAUAAAGCUGUAAAAACUGAGCAAUUUUGAAAUAUAGCAG